AUGGACGAGAGUAGAUUUCUCUAUGUUACUGAACGUACAAAACAUGAAGUGAGACGAUAUAGAAUUGAUGCUGGUGAUACUAAAGGACAAGUGAUUGCAGGUGGAAAAGGGCAAGGAAAUCGUCUCGAUCAACUUGAUUCGCCCCAACACGUAUUUGUCGACCGAAAUCAUGCAGUGUACGUGUCUGAUAAGCAAAAUCAUCGUGUGAUGAAAUGGGAAGAAGGUGCAAAAGAAGGUAUUGUUGUAGCUGGUGGUCAAGGAAAAGGAAAUAGUCUUACACAACUGGAUAGUCCUCAAGGAGUUGUUGUCGAUCAAUUGGGCACUGUCUAUGUGGUUGAUUGUUUUAAUGAAUGA